AAUUCUCCAACUCUGUGUGCGUGGGCAAUUCUCUCGCCUUUUCUUUCCUCUCUCCUCUCUGUCUCCCUCUCCCUCUCUCCCUCUCUCUCUUUCUGUGCAUCCAGAAGAGGAUCCAUUUGCAUUGUCGAGUUGGAGUUUGUAUCUGUAAUUGGAUAACAAGAGGCAGAAGAAGAGUAGAAGAGGAGAAGCGGUGCAGUACAUAAUAAUAAUAAUAAUACUCGUAAUGUUUUGAUAAUGUGAAUGAUUUGUUGAUUGCGAGGGAAGGAAAAAGCCUGCCCCUGCCUCUCGUAAAUGCAAUUGAAUGAAAUUUGAAUCUGACGGACGGCCCUGCAGCUGCAUAUUAGAUUAGAUUCGAUAGGAGCGGUGGUAGAAAGGAAAAAGAGAGAAUCUCCUCGGACGAAGAGAGGGAGGAGAUGAAAAGCUAUCAUAAUAAUCACAAUCAAGGGAAAAGGCGAUGGAGAUGUCUGGUAAUAGGAGUGCUAUUUCUGGUGCUGCUUUCAAUGCUCGUUCCUCUCGUCUUUUUGCUCGGCCUUUACCACAACGGCUUCCACUCCACCGGACAUCUCUCUGAUCGACAAAUUUCUUCUGCUUCUGCUACAGACCAGUCAAGCCACAUAAAGGAACUUAUCAACAACUUUGCACCAACUCUUCCUAAGAUUCAUCAAGAUUUAGUUAUAAACUUUACAAGUGGAGCAGAAAAUAAGACCGCAAGUUCAGGUACUCCUGUGGUGCUUCCUGUUGUACCUCAACCACCUCCCAUUAGAAAUGAUGCUGCAGCUGCUGGUACAGAUGAAAUCACAAAGCAUAAAAGAAAUGCAGUUGAGGAAAGUGAAAAAUGUGAGCUCAGAUUUGGAGGCUAUUGCCAUUGGCGUGACGAGCAUAGAGAAAAUAUGAAGGAUUUUAUGGUGAAGAAAUUAAAAGACCAACUUUUUGUGGCUAGAGCAUAUUAUCCUAGCAUUGCAAAGCUUCCAUCUCAAGAGAAGUUAACUCAUGAACUGAAACAAAAUAUUCAAGAACUGGAGCGAAUUGUUAGUGAAAGUUCAACAGAUGCUGAUCUUCCACCACAAAUUCAGAAGAAAUUACAGAAGAUGGAAAAUGUGAUAUCUAAAGCUAAAACAUUCCCUGUGGAUUGUAAUAAUGUUGACAAGAAAUUGAGGCAGAUACUUGAUCUAACCGAGGAAGAAACUAAUUUUCACAUGAAGCAGAGUGCUUUCCUUUAUCAACUUGCAGUGCAGACCAUGCCAAAGGGUUUACACUGUCUCUCUAUGAGACUGAUUGUGGAAUAUUUUAAAUCUUCUGCACAUGAUAAGGAGUUCGCUCUGUCUGAGAGAUAUUCAGAUCCAUCAUUGCAACACUAUGUUGUAUUCUCCACAAAUGUACUUGCUGCUUCAGUUGUAAUCAACUCCACUGCUGUGCAUGCAAGAGAAAGUGGGAAUCUGGUUUUUCAUGUUCUGACAGAUGGACUGAAUUAUUAUGCAAUGAAACUAUGGUUCCUUAGAAAUACUUACAAGGAAGCUGCUGUCCAAGUUUUGAACAUUGAAAAUGUUACCCUGAAAUAUUAUGAUAAGGAGGUUCUGAAAAGCAUGUCCCUGCCAGUGGAGUAUCGUGUUUCUUUCCAAACUGUUACUAAUCCACCAGCAUCUCAUUUAAGAACGGAAUAUGUAUCUGUUUUUUCCCAUUCUCACUAUCUUCUUCCUUAUAUAUUUGAGAAGUUGAAGAGAGUUGUGGUUCUGGAUGAUGAUGUUGUUGUCCAGCGGGACUUGUCUGACCUGUGGAACCUUAACAUGGGAAGGAAAGUGAAUGGUGCUUUACAAUUAUGUUCGGUGCAGUUGGGUCAGCUUAGAAGUUAUCUGGGAAAAAGCAUUUUUGAUAAAACUUCUUGUGCUUGGAUGUCUGGAUUGAAUGUAAUUGAUCUGGUCAGGUGGAGAGAGCUAGAUCUUACUAAAACUUAUUGGAAGCUGGGACAAGAGGUUAGCAAGGGAACAGAGUCAGCUGAAUCUGUUGCAUUGAGCACAAGCUUGCUUACCUUUCAAGACCUAGUUUAUCCGCUUGAUGGUGCAUGGGCUUUGUCUGGACUGGGUCAUGACUAUGGGAUUGAUGUCCAAGCCAUUAAGAAGGCUUCCGUGUUGCACUUUAAUGGACAAAUGAAACCUUGGCUUGAGGUAGGAAUCCCAAAGUAUAAACAUUAUUGGAAGAGGUUUCUAAACCGACAUGAUCAAUUAUUGGUGGAGUGCAAUGUGAAUCCAUAACGAGCCAGUGGUAUAGAUACUGCCAUUGUUUGUGGAGAGCAUUCAAGAAGCAUGAAUGUCCAGAUGUUUUCUUGGUGCUCAUAAUUUUUCUGAGCUUAGAUUCCUGAAAAGAUAUUGGGUUGCAACAAAGUGCCUUCUGAUGUUUUGGUAAAUAAAUGGACUGGAAUAUUUUAUCUAGUUUCUAGCAAGCAGAAGGGAAUGAACACCUUGGAGGCGCCUGUAGUUGCCAGGAGAGGAGAACGUAUUGGAAACUGUAGUGAAUGACAAGAAGAACUGCGUUCUCUGCUUCUUAUUUGGUAAGUUGUUGUGGGAUACAAAUGCUUAGCAAUAUUACUGGACACAAAAAGGGUUCAGCUGUAUGCUAAAUUUCAAGAAGAUUGAAUUGCCAUCUGUGUUGUUACUGGUGGUGGAGAAAGCAAGUUGUCUUGUGCCUAUCAAAGUUAAUUCUUUUCUCAGGUUGUUUGUUAUUUGAUUUAAAGCGUGAUUAAUUAAUUUUGUGAUGAGAAACUUAAAGGGAUGAUUUACCUUA